AUGUCGUCCAACGGCCAGGGGUCCAAUGACCCAUACUUUCCGUCAUCAUGGUCGGGGAAUCCCCAGCCCAGCUCUUGGAACAAUACUCCUCGAUAUACCCCCAGCGUGUCAUCCUAUGCGAGUUCUUCGUCUGCCUCGCAGGCAUCCCGGAGCAGUCAUGGCAGCCAGAGCCACUACACUCAUUCGGCGAGUGCGCAGCCCCUCUAUGACGACUAUCGGAUGCCUUCAGUAUACUCCGAAACGCCGGCUCCAUCCGAAUACUCCGCGUUGAGCACCUUCCAGCAAGGCAUCAUGCAGCUGCAGCAUGCUCCUCCGCCGAGCAGAAACAUGCUGUACUGCGAAUUUCAACCUUGGACUGGUUGCCAAGAGCAGUUCAGACUCGAUGAUGUCGACUCUUGGAUUAGGCAUACCGAAGACAACCAUCUGCGAGGCGAGUACCCUGCAAAGUGCGUGUGUUGGUUCUGCGACGACCAUGUUUACAAUGUGGGCCAACGUUACGCUGAUCCUGGGGAGAAUUUCAGUCAACGGAUGCACCACAUUGCGCACCACAUGCUUUAUGAUGGAUAUCGUUUCGAACAAAGACGGCCCGACUUCAGUUUUGUCGAGCACCUACAUCAAACUGGAAAGUUGACCCUUCAGGACUUCCAGCAGGCCACAAGUGCCAGCGAAGGCCCUCGUGUUCAGGGUGUAUAUCCGUCCGGGUGGAGGCCAGUCAGAGAAGAGGCAGACGUUGUCGUGGCAGGGCGUGGAAGAAGAAGGCGGAACAGAGAGCGACGCCUCUGA